AUGGCAGAAAAAGAGGCUACAGUCUACAUUGUGGACAUGGGAAAGUCCAUGGGCGAGCGCCACCAUGGCCGGUCGGUGACCGACCUCGAAUGGGCCAUGCAGUAUGUCUGGGAUAGAAUCACCGCCACGGUGGCUACAGGUCGCAAGACUGCUACAUUGGCUGUGGUUGGACUCAGGACAGACGAAACUCGCAAUGAGCUCGAUGAAGAGGCCAACUACCAUAAUAUCUCGGUUCUCUCGGAUUUAGGACAAUGCCUCAUGCCUGACAUUCGGAAGCUCCGAGAAUCUAUCAAGCCUAGUCGAACUAACAGAGGCGAUGCUAUCUCUUCAAUUGUCAUUGCCAUGCAGAUGAUUAUCACGUACUGCAAAAAGCUCAAAUACAAGCGAAAGAUUGUUUUGGUGACCAACGGUACCGGCUCUAUGAGCAGCGAAGGCCUCAAGAGUAUCGUUUCAAAACUUCAGGAAGACAACAUUGAGCUGGUAAUCAUUGGGGCUGAUUUUGACGAUCCUGAGUAUGGCGUCAAGGAAGAGGACAAAGACAGUGCAAAGGCUGAAAACGAAGCUCUUCUUCGUGUACUUGCUGAAGAUUGUGAUGGAGUAUAUGGAACGCUUGAGCAAGCCGUCUCAGAGCUGGACAUUCCUCGAAUCAAGGUGACCAAGAGUAUGCCAUCCUUCAAAGGGCAUCUACAGCUUGGUAACUCAGAAGAGUACGAAACGGCAAUACGCAUACCCGUUGCGCGAUACUUUCGCACCUACGUUGCCAAACCGCCCUCAGCGAGCUCCUUCGUGUUGCGCUCCGGAACAGAAGCUGAACAAGACUCUGCCCCCGGGAGCCAGGCUCCGGGUGAAAGCGAUACACUGACAACAGUACGAAUGUCGCGGAUCUAUCAAAUAAACGAUCCAAAUGCUCCGGGUGGAAAGACAGACGUGGAGCGAGAUGAUUUGGCGAAGGGUUACCAGUACGGACGAACGGCAGUUGCUAUCGAGCAGACGGAUGAGAAUGUCACGAAUCUGGAGACUUUUGCAGGCAUGGAAAUCAUUGGCUUCAUUCAAAGUGACAAGUAUGAUCGGUACUUGCACAUGUCCAACACCAACGUCAUUAUCGCUGAGCGGGCAAAUGACGCUGCAUCACUUGCAUUGUCCUCUAUCAUCCAUGCACUAUAUGAGCUGGAGUCAUAUGCCGUUGCUCGGCUAGUGGCCAAAGAAAACAAGCCCCCUUUGCUUAUCUUGCUGGCCCCUUCUAUCGAGCCAGACUAUGAGUGCUUGAUUGAAGUACAGCUUCCCUUCACGGAAGAUGUGCGGUCAUACCGCUUUCCGCCUCUGGAUAAAAUCAUCACAGUCUCUGGUAAAGUGGUGACUGAGCACCGCAACCUCCCAAGUGACAGCUUGAGGGAUGCAAUGAGCGAUUACGUGGAUAGUAUGGAGCUAGAAACCACAAAUGACGAAGGCGAGCCCACUAAUGAACUUCCAAUCGACGAAUCAUUCUCCCCAUUACUGCACCGCCUGGAAUCAGCUGUUCGAUACCGUGCAGUGCAUCCGACUGAUCCAGUCCUCGAUCCAUCAGAACGCCUGACGCAAUUCGCCCAGCCCUCAGAAGAAUUGAUAAGGAAAUCGAAAUCCUAUCUAGAAAGAUUGAUCUCCACAGCAGAUAUCAAGAAGGUCCCGCCAAAAGCAAAGGGCCGCAAACGUCAACGCGAAACCGAGAAACCCCUCUCAGGCCUAGACGUCGACGCCCUCCUAAGCCUAGAACCAAAGCGCACAAAGAUCUCCGCAGAGAACGCCAUCCCAGAAUUCAAGCAAACCCUCUCACGCGCCGAUAGCAUCGACACAAUCCACGACGCCGUAAAGCAAAUGGCUGACAUCAUCGAGAUCCAGAUUAAGCACAGUCUUGGCGACUCCAACUACGAUCGAGUCAUCGAGGGACUCGGCACUAUGCGCGAGGAGCUGGUAGAUUACGAAGAGCCUAUUCCUUAUAAUGACUUCCUGCGUAGGCUCAAGGGCAAGUUAGUGGCGGAGGAGCUCGGUGGGGAUCGAAGGGAGUUGUGGUGGCUUGUUCGGCGGAAUAAGCUAGGGCUUAUUGAUAAGAAUAUUGUGGAGAGUUCGGAUAUUUCUGAUGUUGAGGCUCAGGAGUUCCUAACUGCUAACUAG